AUGAGUGGAAAUAGGAAGGAUGAGUUUGCUAUUACGUCAUUGUUGGAUACCGACCUUUAUAAGCUAUUCAUGCAUGCUGCAGUCCACCAGCACUUUCCACAGAUACCGGUGGAAUACAAAUACACCAAUCGUACACCUGACUUGAAGCUCAAUUCUGCAGCUGUUGAUUGGUUGAAGACUCAGAUACAACAUUUGGGCGAUAUCAGAUUCACCGAUGAAGAGUUAGCGUACUUGCAAAAGGCAUUGCCUCAACUCCCAGGUCCUUACUUGGAAUAUCUAAAGACAUUUCACCUUGAUCCAGCAUCUCAAAUCAAGUAUCUUGAAGCUGAUGGAGAUUUUGGUUUGGAGAUAGUAGGAAGCUGGAGCGAUACCAUAUUGUAUGAGAUCCCAAUUUUGGCCCUUAUUUCUGAAGCGUAUUUCAAAUUUGUCGAUACUGAUUGGAAUUAUGAUAAUCAAGUUGAGAUUGCUACGCACAAAGUGGAGGAGCUUAAUACGGCAAAAUGCCAUUUUAGUGAAUUUGGAACAAGAAGAAGAAGAUCUUUUCAAGCUCAAGAAAUUGUCAUCAAGGCUAUCAAGGAUACCGCUGAACGAUUAAACUCGAAAUAUGUAAGUGGUACAUCCAACGUGUAUUUUGCUAAAAAGUAUGAUCUCCAACCAAUUGGAACAGUUGCCCAUGAGUGGUACAUGGGUAUUGCAUCCAUUACCCAGGAUUAUACACAUGCAAAUAAGUUGGCCAUGGAUUACUGGAUUGCCACGUUUACACCCAAAUAUGCUGGGCUUGCGUUGACUGAUACUUUUGGUACUGAUAACUAUCUUAGUGUCUUCACCAAACCUUAUAUUGAUGAUUACGCGGGUGUAAGACAAGACUCUGGUGAUCCAGAGCUAUACACUGAUAAAAUUGCUCAACACUAUAAGAAAAACGGUAUUGAACCACAUACUAAAACCAUCUGUUUUAGUGACUCAUUGAACGUGGAGAAAUGUGUAAAGUAUAAAGAUAGGGCGGAUCAAGAUGGAUUAUUGAGCACUUUCGGAAUUGGUACUUUCUUCACAAAUGAUUUCUUGAAUGCAUCCACAGGUGAGAAGUCGCAACCUAUGAACAUUGUUAUUAAGUUGAGUGAAGCGAAUGGGUAUCCAGCAAUAAAAAUCAGUGAUAAUAUUGGAAAGAAUAUGGGAGAUCCUGAGACAGUGGAGAGGGUAAAGAAGGAGUUGGGGUAUAGUGAGAGGCAAUGGGUAGAGGGAGAUGAGGCCCACAGAUGGUGA